AUACACAGGGUGGAGAAAGGGUGGGGGACAGGGUGUGACAAACCUGCUGGGAUUUGUUUACGAUGGGGCCUAGAUUCUACCAACAGACCCAUGGGGUUUGUGGGUGGAAAUUCCCUAAUUGGUCCAGCAGGAAACAACCCCCCAGGACUGGGCUGGGGAAACGUAUCAGACUCCAAUACUGGAGUUUGAACCUACUAGCCAGAGGGCAACCCCCAGUGAGGCCUAGGGAAGACACCCCAUCCCUUCCCAUCCAACCGCUGGCACUGGGGAGGGUGUUGGGAUUCCUACCAGGGGGCUGUCCCUGGACACUCCUGGGGGCUCCAUCUCCUGUAUCCACUUCUGGCUGAUAGGUGAGUGUUGAAUGUGAAGACUCUUGCCAUCUCUGUCUGCUAGAAGGGGUGAGGGGCUCUCUCUCUUUCUUCCCUCACCCUGAUGCCUCCUGGCUGCUCUGAUGGGGAGCGGGUGGGAUCCUGCCUCCCAAAGCUUCCAUGUGAUUGGCCCUCCUCUCCUGCGAGCGAUGGGGUUGUCAAUGGGCUCUUGCUCUUUCAGGGGCUGGUGACUUUCGAGGAGGUGGCUGUGUAUUUCACUGAGGAAGAGUGGGCUCUGCUGGACCCCGCUCAGAGAGCUCUCUACAGGGAUGUCAUGCAGGAGAACUAUGAGAAUGUGACCUCGCUGGGUGAGGGGAUGAUGAGAGAGACCAUGGAGCAGAAUCCUCAGCAGGAAGAUGAGCAAGUGGAACCACAGGGGGCAUUAUUACAAAGAUGCACAGGGAGUGCGUCCGAGAGUUGUGAGCAGGCAAAAGGCUCUCAGGGGCAGCACGGGCCAGAGAAACGGCAGGGAAACCAGCCAGCGCCGGAAGUUGGAAUAUCUGUUAAUUAUCGGGGAACUCACAAAGGCCUCAAGGAAACCACGGCCCAGCAGAGAAUCCUUAUGGGAGAGAGAAAUAACACGGGCUUUGACUGUGGGAAAAAGUGCAGGAGGCACUCACACUUUAUUAGAAAUCCAUGGAUCCACACAGGAGAGAAGCCCUAUAAAUGCUGUGAGUGCGGGAAAACCUUCACUCGGAGCUCAACCCUUAUUGCACAUCAGAGGAGUCACACAGGGGAGAAACCCUAUGAAUGCUGUGAGUGCGGGAAAACCUUCACUCAGAGCUCAAACCUUAUUCGCCAUCAGAGGAGUCACACAGGGGAGAAACCCUAUGAAUGCAGUGAGUGCGGGAAAACCUUCACUGAGCGAUCAAGCCUUAUUCUCCAUCAGAGAAUCCACACAGGGGAGAAACCCUACAAAUGCUGUGAGUGCGGGAAAACCUUCACUCGGAGCUCAACCCUUAUUGCACAUCAGUGGAUCCACAGAGGAGAGAAACCCUAUGAAUGCUGUGAGUGCGGGAAAACCUUCACUGAGCAAUCACACCUUAUUCGCCAUCAGAAGAGUCACACAGGGGAGAAGCCCUAUGAAUGCUGUGAGUGCGGGAAGACCUUCACUCGGCGCUCAACCUUUAUUGCGCAUCAGAGGAUCCACAGAGGAGAGAAACCCUAUGAAUGCUGUGAGUGCGGGAAAAUCUUCACUGAGCGCUCACACCUUAUUCGCCAUCAGAGGAGUCACACAGGGGAGAAACCGUAUAAAUGCUGUGAGUGCGGGAAAACCUUCACUGAGCAAUCACACCUUAUUCGCCAUCAGAGGAGUCACACAGGGGAGAAACCCUAUGAAUGCUGUGAGUGCCGGAAAACCUUCACUCGGAGCUCAACCCUUAUUGCACAUCAGAGGAUCCACAGAGGAGAGAAACCCUAUGAAUGCGGUGAAUGCGGGAAAACCUUCACUUGGAGCUCUUCUCUUAUUUAUCACCAGAGAAGCUGCAAGGGAGAUAAACACCAUGAAAAUCUUGCCUAGGGCUCAGAAAAGAUUGUUUUUUCCUUUUCCUAAUUCCCAAGUAGUGAACUUUAAGGCAGCAUUUGUGGCAUCUCAGCUCCUUCUGGUGAGUUGUCUGCUCCCGUUUGCAGCUCACCCUUCCUUGGAGUGAAGCCCACAGUGUUGUUCAUCGACUCCUUUGUCCUGUGUCGUGGGAGUGUGCGUCCCUCCAACUGGAAUGUCCAUCAGCCCCAGGUUGGGGAACCAAGAGUGACUUUUACUAGGUACAGGUCUGUCUCAUCUUACGCGGGGGUUCCAUUCCGCGGUUAGCGCUAAAGCGAAAACCGCGUAUAGUCAAAAUUACAUUGAGUUCAAUGGCGGGCGGAAUCGCCCGCACUACAAGUACAGUAUUAAAAUUAUUUUUCUCUUUUUUGUUGUUUUUGUUUUUGCCGACUGCGUAAAGCUGAAAUCGCGCAUGUUAAAUGCGCGUAAGAUGCGACAGACCUGUACAUAGAGGUUAAAUCUACCUGGGCUUUGACUCCAUUAGGGUUUCCCAUGGAGUUAGCUAGAUUGAGUUAGCAAUCCUGAUAUAAAAAUAUAACUAUUUUUUCAAUAAAGAAAAUAGCCCAUAUAGCGGCCAAGGUAACGUAGCAAAUCUCCUCACCACUGGACACAACCUCCAUCACUUUUCCUAGUCUAACCAAAUUUGGAGCAUCAUGUUUAUACUUUUCCUCCCACUGCAAAGUGAUUGGUAGUCACCAGAUUCCCCCACUAGGGACAGAUUGCCUCAUUCCCAGUUGUUUCCACGUUGCACUGGGUUCUGCUGAAUAGCAGUUGGGUUUUGUACCGUUUUUCUCAAUGUAAAUAUAACCGAGAAGGAGCAGGGAUAGAGGAUGUGACGAAGUGGGGAUUUUCCCUUGUUAUGUUGUAUGUGAGUCUUACUGUUGAGCCUAUGUGAGUUUGACUGUUCUGUAUGAAUACUGUGUGUGCCUCAGUUUCCCUGUGUGCUGCACCCAUAUCUUGGUGGUGGGAAUAAAGCUUAUUGGAACAUCUCUGAGGGUGAGAUAUUACCUGUAAUCAGUUUCUUAAUAUAUUAGGCUUAGACUUGCGUGAUUUUGCUUUAUUUUGCUUGGUGACUUACUUUAUUCUGUCUGUUAUUACUUGAAACCACUUAAAUCCUACUUUUUUAUACUUAAUAAAUUACUUUUGUUUAUUAA